CGGGCCACUGCAGCGACAACAUCACAGAUCAUCUCAUCCUCAUCUCGCCCGUUAAGCCUCCAUCCCUCCUCCUCCUCGCUCCUCGUCCCUAGCUCGCUCGCUAGCUCGCCACCGUUUAACAUCGUCUUACCAGCAACGCGUCGUCGUUGUAAGCCAGUAUUAUUUUCUUGCCUUCACCAUUGCUCUUGUUAACAUCGUUCAGAAGGAAUGUCGCUUCGGCUAUGGGCUAGAACGAAUAACAGCAAAGCGCGUUCUAUUUUUAGCGGCUAUUUAUAGCGUUGUCGUUUUAAAACAUUGCUUUAUUAUUAUGAUGAUUAACGUUACGACAACGAGUGGUGUGGAGUGUUGUAGUACCUAUAGUCUGCGUGCGCCUAUUUAAACGAAUGCGACAAGCGAGGCUUCAAUCUGCGAUGGCAGGCGACAGCGUUGAAGCCCGUGUUGUUUAGGUGGGGCGUAGUGACGCCACAUCGCCGUGUUCGUAGCAAGCGGUGAGCUGAUAAGUCAUCGUAAUUGUAUCGUAGCAGCAGUGAUCGUGACAGCGUCGUUAUCCUCAUUAUUUGAAUAGGCGUCAGCGUAAAGUCAUUACAUACAGUAGCCGCGGUCAUAUUACAAUACUUAUUGUAUUGCAAUAUUCAUUAUCGGAUUGUGCCACUAUCGAUAACAAUAAUCAGAUUAGUAUAGUUACAGUGAUCAGCUGAUAAUAAUUUAUAAUAUUAAUUGUGACAAUGCAUAUUUGAUAAUGUCAUAUCGCCUAUAAAUUAGCUUCAUUAUUCAUCGUCUUCGUUAUCAUCAAUAAUAUUAUUACAGUAGUCAUUAGUCACCGAUAUAGCAUAAUCAUUAUUAUUAUUAUUUACAUGCAUCUAUAGCAAGAUCACUGGGGUAGUUGUUGCAGAGGCAGUUAUUAGUGAGCCUUCAGUCUAUCAUUAUUGUAGUACUACCAGUGCUGGAGUAGUAGCGGUGUAGUUGUCGAGAGUGAGUAGGCUGUCAUUACUCUAGCACUACCAGUGCUGUAGUAGUAGCGGUGUAGUUGUAGAGUGAGUAGGCUGUCAUUACUCUAGCACUACCAGUACUGUAGUAGUAUCUGUGUAGUUGUAGAGUGAGUAGGCUGUCAUUACUCUAGCACUACCAGUGCUGUAGUAGUAUCUGUGUAGUUGUAGAGUGAGUAGGCUGUCAUUACUCUAGCACUACCAGUGCUGUAGUAGUAUCUGUGUAGUUGUAGAGUGAGUAGGCUGUCAUUACUCUAGCACUACCAGUGCUGGAGUAGUAGUGGUGUAGUUGUAAAGUGAGUAGACUGUCAUUCUCUAGCACUACCAGUACUGUAGUAGUAGCGGUGUAGUUGUAGAGAGUGAGUAGGCUGUCAUUACUCUAGCACUACCAGUGCUGUAGUAGUAGCGGUGUAGUUGUAGAGUGAGUAGGCUGUCAUUACUCUAGCACUACCAGUGCUUGUAGGCGAGCGUGUGCACCAUGGCGCGCCUGAGUAACUUCAGCACCUGGGAGCUGUCCAGUGAGGGGGCAGGGCGCGCCGGGAGCCCUCAGGGCGCCUGCGAGACACGCUUCUCAGUGCCCGGGGGGCGCCCGUGUAGCCCCGAGGGCAUCGAGGGCUCGCAGCCCAGCCCCUGGCCGUGGGAGAGAUUCACGUCGUGGUUGCACAGCAUCUGCGUGGUGACGUUUGACCUGGAGCUCGGGCAAGCCAUAGAGCUCAUCUAUCCACCACAUGCCAAACUCACCGAAAAAGAGAAAAUGAACGUCUGCUACCUGGCCUUCCCGGACUCCAACUCAGGUUGCCACGGCGACACGCAAUUCAGCUUCCGAUUUCGGCGGUCGGCUUGCUGGAAGGCGUCGCCACGCAACGCACACGGGCGGCCAGACGAGCAGCACCUGCCUACGCUGCUCCAGAGCGACCCUCACUUUCUCUACGGCUACGUCUACUUUCGUCAAGUGAGAGACAAGAGCCUGCGCCGGGGCUACUUCCAGAAGUCAGUGGUGCUCCUGACCCGCCUGCCCUACCUGUGCCUCUACUCCGCCGUGGUCCGCCUCAUCGCCCCCGAGUACUUUGACAAGUUGGAGCCCUGCAUGGAGGCUGCUUGCAAUGACAUUGAGCGCUGGCCGCCACUCGUGGCAGGGAAGACGCUCAGCCUGCCGAUCAUGGGGGUCGUCAUCCAGGUGAGGAUCCCGACUCGCAACGAGAAGUUGGGAGCAGCUCCGCUCAAGCAAACCCCAACGGAGAAUCUUCUUCCGGCUCCGCUGGUGCUCCCAACCGUCCACGAACCCGACCUCUUCAGGGCAUUGUCCCCAGUGCUGCCGCACGUGCAGCUGCUCUGGGAGUUGGUGCUGCUCGGUGAGCCGCUCGUCGUCAUGGCGACGUCGCCGAGCGUCACGUCCGACAGCGUGCUGGCGUUAGUCAGCUGCAUCGCACCGCUGAGAUUCUGCAGCGACUUCCGGCCAUACUUCACCAUCCACGACCCCGAAUUCCGGGAGAUAACCACGCGCACGCAGGCGCCCCCAUCGGUGAUUCUCGGCGUGACGAACCCAUUCUUCGCCAAGACUCUGCAGCACUGGCCUCACAUCCUUCGCAUCGGGGAGACGCGGCCCUCGGCAGGUGACCAGCCGCGGCAGGUGAAGCUACGCAAGGCAAGCAAGCUCAAGGCACUGGACGCUAAACCAGGAGUCUACACGGCACACAAGCCCUUUCUGGUACGAGACCGGGCGAUCGUCAAACGACUGCUCAAGGGCGUCCAGAGGAAGCGCCCCGUGGAGGUGCAGAGCGCCAUUCUGCGCAGGUACCUGCUGGAGCUCACGCAGAGCUUCAUCAUCCCGCUGGAGCGCUACGUGGCCAGCCUCAUGCCCUUGCAGAAGAGCGUCGCGCCCUUCAAGAGCCCCCCGCAGGUCCGUCCCUUCGUGGUGGACGAGUUCGUGGCGACGCUGCAGCACGCCGGCCCGCAGCUCACGUCGCCUCUCCGUGGAGACUGGCAGGGCCUGUACCGUCGCUUCCUCCGGUCUCAAAACUUCGAGGGCUGGCUGUCGGCUCGACGACGCGACAUGAACCACAAGCUUGAGCUCCUGCACAUGGAAGCCCUCCUCAACGCAGACGUGGGAGGCUGGGUGUCGGGGCGCAGUGAAGUGGAGGCCGUGGAUCUGGUCUUGCAGCUGCAAGACAAACUUCUGCUGGCGGAGCGUGCGGGGCUGUCGCUGCCUGAAGACACUGAGGCCAAGCUGCAAGCGUGCAUGCACACAGCCUUGGGGGCCUUGCCCAAGGACCUGCAAGCGGUUCUGAGCCGUAUGUAACUCCACAGGGAUUUGCCACCUUUGAGAUAAAAAAAAAUGCGAGACAAAUUCUGGAACGCGUGUCACGGGAAGGAGAAUAUCCCGCAGGACAGGAAGAAGGGAGAAGCGCAUCUCCACGGAGGGGCUUGAGCACUGCGUUAUUACCCCACUGACAAAAAAUCAGGGCUUGCUUCUCAUGUCCCCGGGACGAUUUACAGAUUUGCCAGGGCAGCGACCUCACCAAGAGGGCGAUCGUGGGAAAGCCAGGUCAGGUGGUAACGCUAAAGGAUCACAAUUAUGUAGUUGACCACACUGGGGAAUCAAUUUGCCCCAAAACCAGGGGUCGACAACCUGCGGAUCUGGAGCCGCAUUGCAGAUAUUUAAACGUUGUUAUUUUUUUGUUACCAAAUUCGCAAAAAAAGUCUCUUUUUAUUCUGGUCGGCGACUCCUAGCCCCGUACCAAGUAGCUGCAAGACUGUUUGUGCAUUCUUUAUUUUAAAUGUGCGCACUGUUGCCAAGCUCGAUUUGUAUAGCACAGGUUCGGCAUUGUACCCGUUACUAAAUCGUAGGCGUGGAACGGUACGUCGAUGAAUCGAUUUAAAUCGGUCCUUAUGGUCACGAAACAUAGAUUCAAACCGUGCAUGUGAGAGAAUCGAUCACUUUUGAUUUAUAUGCAAAUCACACGCACAUUAUGUACUCUUACUAAUGUAGUAGCAGCAGAAAAAAAAGACACAAUAAAAAUAAUUAGGCAAAUCACCGAGCGGGUGAUGCACAUGCUCACCGGUGAGGGAUAGCGGUGCGGAUUUCAUGAACUGUCCAUGCAGUGAGUUUAUUAAGGGCGCUGCGAUGCCGAGAUGUUAACUCCCUCGCCUGGUAUACAGGAGGUCGUGGGUUCGAUACUGACCCUGAUGCCGGUCUAUUUGGAAUUUGCGAGUCUUUUUCUUCCCGUGGUCGCGUGGAUUUUUCUCCGGCCCAUCCGGUUUUUCCCUCCACAUUUGGAAUCAACGUCACCCGUUUAGAGUAUUUGGUUGCUAUACAUUUCUUCAUGAUGAUAAGCCACUUCGUUGAACUAUCAUUUGUGGCCAGGUUGCUUCUGAAAAAGAGCUAUAUAACCCAGUGGGCCUUACCUGCUAAAAUAAAAUAAAGUUUAUUUUUAGUUUAAUUAAAAAAUAUUUUUUAGUGUUUCGUUUAUUUUCGAAGGGGGGCCACUUUAAGAUGAUACCGCUGGGUGGCGCUGUGGGGGGGGGGGGGGAGCACGUGGCUCGCAGUCAGAAGGUUGAGUUCACAAUCCCCGGGGGGGUCGAUAAAUCGUGUACCAGUUUGUGGGAUGCCGACAGUUGGUUGUCUUAUAGAGACACUGGCCUCCCGCCAUAUGAAUGUGGAAUUAACUUCAGCGGCUAAAAGCUGGAUAGAUGAGGACUGCACCGUGCUCGUUUACAGGGGGACAGUGACUGUUUUAAACAAUUCAUUUAAAUGUUUUGUGUAUAUCUGUUAAGGUUAAUUGAUGCACUGCUACUUUCACAAUAACCACCGGUUAUCAUUAAUGUUUUAGUGAAACCGAUAGGAAGUAAGAACAUUUGAUACUGCACAGUCCAGUCCACCACGAAUGUGCAUUGGUCACACGUCCAAGUCGGCUCUCUGAAACAACAACAACAAGAUCGUUUUAAGUCUGCUGCGGAACUAUCUGAGACUCAAGGAUGGAUCCCGAACAUGAGCGAGGCAGCGUGUUCCAGCUCGUUGCGCCGGAGACCCCGAAGCUGCGCUGGCCGCGGUCACGCGCGAGGUUCACACGCGGCGGCUACAGCGGCAGGUCACCGCGAGCCGCGGAUCGUCAUGGCUUGGCUUCGCGGACGAAGAUCUAGGAAGGACAUCCACGUCUUCUGCAGCAGGCACGCUGGUGGCUGACGAGGCCUAUGCGGGACAAGCAGGUCCUGCCACAACGGCUGCAAGUAUAGGUCUGAUCUGGGAUGGGUGCCGAGGGAUCACGGUUCUUCCUCCUUCUCCUUUUGUCCUCCAUACGGGCCCUGCGGGUAUCUUCGAAGAAGCAGGUGGCCUGGUGGACUGUGUGCCGCCAGGAGUUGCGAUCAGCUGCUCGUGUUGCCCACUGAUGGUGAUCGAUAGCCGCGGAUCGUAGUCGGAGUCGAUUUGGGUCUGUUGAAGCUGAUACCCACCGAUCGGCGAGAUAGGACGGAGCGGAUUGAUGGAGACCCUUGAAGAUGAGUAGGCGUCAUUUAUACGCGAUCCUGGUUCCUAUCAGACGAUCUGCAGCAUCUCACACCGACUGGAGUGGGCGCAGGCGAACAGAGCUGGCACAGCCGAAGACGCUGUUGCAGUAGUCCACGCGGCCAGAGCCGGCCAAGCCACCAGGCGACCCUUGCAAUUGCAAAGGGCCCCGUGGCCAGCAGAGGGCCCCCUAGAGUCACUGCUAGCUAGUGGGUGAAAAAUUUAAACAUAAUUUAAUAGACUAAAAAAUAAAAAAUAAACAUAGUAGAUAUAAUAUGCACAGUAUAGUUAUAAGGUAGUCAUUGCUUUUCUUUAGGCCUUACUUAAAACGGUCAAAGGGGCCUCCAACCAAAUUUUGCUUAGGGUCCCCAAAGGUCUAGGGCCGGCUCUGCACGCGGCUGAUCAUGAAGCGCGUGGACGAGUAUCCUCGCAGUCUCCACAGCGAGAGCACGACGGCCUGUGCGCAGUUGUCGAAGCGGGGCAGAAGCACUGUCUAGUCAGGCGCCUCAUGCGAGCCUGGUUCACCCAAACUCCGGGUUUCCAUCUGCAGCAAUCCCGUGCAGGCAAUGCGUGGUUGGUGAUGCGGGCCAGCGGUGGCGAGACCGCCGCUUGUUGCAGAGCUUCUGCAGAGGUCUUGCAACAAUUAACCACGGCCGGGCCACCCUGGUUAAUACUGCGGGUGUAUUAACAAUAAGCCACACCUCCGGUUAACACGGCUGGCUAUGUACGGUGCGAAAGAAGUUCAGCGUACGUACAUAGAACAUGUGUGCCGUCCGCUUCACAGUGGACGUUAGAGCCACGGUCCAUGUCAGGGUCCAUGUUUGUCAAGUUUUGAAAAAGUACACGUGAAUUACUCAAUUGGGGUUACACAUAGCAAUCAUCGACCCCUACUGGCAGACUGAUUCACACUUACAAGCCCAGUGCUGAAUCGUUGGCCUGCAGGUUGGCAUUAGGUACCUUUUCAAAGCCACCUUGUACCACAUAGGGACAGCUGCUACUGGGGGUUCCCCUUCGAAUAGCUGACAUGAGAGCCGAUCUAAGGCAACUUGAGAUACGGAGAUGUUUAAGCGUCAUAAAAACGCACUGAUUGAGAUAUUCACUAUUUUUCGUGAAAAGUUGACCGUAAAUAUUGGCACGCAUGUAAAGACAUAGCUGAUUGAGGUCACUGAGACUGGAGUUUGGGAAGCCCUGAGUUAGGCGUUUGCAUGACGGUUUUAUUUUAAGAAAACUGCACAGGUCACCAGCCUAACAUAUAACUUGCACUUAAUACACUCUAUUGCCUCUUUAUUCAAACUAAUAGAGUACGUGUCGAGUACCAAGAUGCCAGGCGUGCCGACACAUACGACACAUACCUGUAAUCACGUGACUUCGAGAUGGGGUUAGUGGAUUGUGUAAAGGCGGAACAAUCACAUUGUCGAGGCACCAUCCGGCAAAGCAGAGAUGUACUUUGGAGACAGUACAGCAAGUGGGUGUUUGCCUUUUGUCAGUUUUGUCAAAUCGUACUUGCCGAGCAUGGGCCCGAAUGCCUAUGAUGCAAAUCAACAAGAACCUAGGAGCACUGCGGACAGCAGAGCAGAUAAGGGGCCGUCCAUAAAUGACGUCACGCACCUGGGGGG